CGUCUGUAUAAAUAGCCCCACAUAUGCCUAAACGGGAGACCGCGUAGUGGAUUCCCCUCAACGCACACAGCUCAUUCUGUUGGGUCAGUCAGCGCUGAGAUAUCUGAAACAAUGGCUCUGACAAACCCUAUGUCCAUGCCCAUGGGACCAUGGAAGAUUACCGUUUAUGAUCAGGAGCAUUUCCAGGGCAGGCGUUGCGAAUUCACUGCUUGCUGCCAGAACAUCAUGGAGUUCGGAAUGGAGACUGUCCGCUCCCUGAAGGUGGAGUGUGGCGCCUGGGUGGGUUUUGAGCACACUACCUUCAAUGGCCAGCAGUUCAUCCUGGAGAAGGGAGAUUAUCCUUGCUGGGAGGCCUGGAGUGGUAGCAAUUCUUAUCGCAUCGAGAGGCUGAUGUCCUUCCGCCCCAUCUGUUCUGCUAUGCACAAGGAUUCCCGCAUGAUUCUUUUUGAGUGUGAGAACAUGUCUGGAAGACAGUGGGAGGUGUGUGGUGACUACCCCUCUCUGCAGGCUAUGGGAUGGUGCAACAACGAGAUCGGCUCCAUCCAAGUUAUGAGUGGCGCUUUUGUAUGCUACCAGUAUCCUGGUUACCGUGGUUACCAGUAUAUUAUGGAGUGUGACUGCCACGGAGGCGAGUACAGGCACUACAGGGAGUAUGGUUGCCACGCUCAGACCCCCCAGAUCCAGUCAAUCCGCAGGAUCCAGCAUUGAGAGGAACCAGCCGUGUCCUUCCUCCUUUCCUUCCCCUCCUUCUGACCCCUUAUUUCCUCCACUUCCUCUAUCCCUCUGUUCCCAGCCAUGCAAGAUGGUUUGUUGACCAGGAUGGCUGGCUGGUUUACUGAUGCUACACCAAUGUAACAAGUCCACAGCACUUUUUUACCCACAACAUGAGGAAAGAGAGACAAACUAUUGACAGCAGGUACGAUGCGAGAGAAAAAAGAAGAAAAAGUCCUGUAUAAUUACAGCCGAAUGGACGUGGUGCAGUGAGAAACCACAAAGUUGCUCUUCUUCCGUCAUGACUAUCAUCAUGAUCGUAGCCAUUACAGUUUUCAUGGUCAACUUCUGUACGAUAUUUGAUGAUUAAAGAAAUAAAGAAAAUGAGCAUAAAACCAAAGAAACAAAAAAACAGAAUAAUUGAUAUUAA